AUGGCCGCCGCUGUCGUCGCAAAGACCGCCGACCCCUCCGACGCCGUUCCGCCGACGGCUGACGAAGUUUCCUCCAUCCUGAACAACUGUCUUUCGGCAAAGACAUCACAGGGCUCGCUCGACGCCGCCUACGCCCUCUGCGGCCUCCUCGAGGCCUCCGUCGGCUUCCGCGGUCUGAAGGGCUAUGGCAUCCUCGACGAGGUGAAGAAGGCGGCCGGCAACAAGAAGGAUGCUGUGAAGAAGGAGGGCGCCAUGUUCGCCCUGGGCGCGCUGUUUGAGCGCAUGCCUGUGCAUCAGCCGCUGAGCGAGGUCGUCUUCCUUCUACAAGAGGAGAAGUUGGUGCCGCUGUGCCUCGAUGCUUUGGCCGACAAGAACACCACGAUUAAGGAGUCCGCGCAGUACGCGCUGGAUGCCCUUUUCAAGAAUCUCAGGGCCGAGGCGCUCGUUUUCGGUCUGCUUCCCGCUUUGACCGAGUAUCUCAGCAAGCCCACCGGAAAGUGGCAGGGUUCAGUCGCUGCUUUCUCCCUGCUGACACAGAUGGCGGAGAAGGCGAAGAUGGGCAUGGGCAGUCUCGAGGAAGAGCGCGAGAAGGACGUUCUCCGCGAGGCCAUGGGCAAGAAGCUCGCUGGUCUGAUUCCUAUCGUGGAGGGUGGCAUGCACGAUCUGAAGGCCGAAGUCGCCAAACAGGCCAUCAAGGCCAUGAACUCGCUCUCCACCCUUCUCCAGAACGACGACGUCACGCCCAAGAUUCCCCUUCUGAUCAAGUCCAUGGAGAACCCGUCCCCCGCGAGCACACAGAAAGCAAUCCAUGCUCUGUCGAUGACCACCUUCGUCGCGGUUGUUACUGCCCCUGUUCUGGCCCUGCUCACCCCGCUUCUGGAGCGCUCCCUCAACAACCCAUCGACCAGCCAGGAAGUCCUCCGCCAAACUGUCGUGGUCGUUGAGAACCUGACAAAGCUUGUUCACGACCCCGUCGAGGCUAGGAAUUUCUUGCCCAAGCUCAGACCCGGUGUUCAGGCUGUCAGGGACCGCGCUUCUCUUCCUGAAGUCCGUGAGCUCGGUGAGCGCGCCCUGAACGUCAUCAAGCAUGCUAUGGGUGAGGAUGCCGAUGGUGCCUCGCCUAUUGAGCGCACCACUCCGGAACAAGUUGGAACCGUCCUGGACAAGGAGAUUGCCACCAACGGCGGCCUUCUGAACUACCCCGGUGACGCUGACGUGUGGAAGUUCGCACGCGCCUACAUCACCGAGAUGGUCGCUGAGGAUACCAACCAGCGGGCUCUCGAGCGCAUUGUCAAGAGCAUCGAGCCCUACGUCAGGCCCAUUGUCUCGGAGGGCAGCUCCACCACCAUUGCGGAGAAUGUCCACAGUUACUUCCUCGAAGAGGAUGAACGCAAGUAUGGCAAGCCCGUUGUCGAGGAUGACGGCGAGACUGAAAUUGUCAACGCCACUUUCUCUCUUGGCUACGGUGGUAUGCUGUUGCUCUCGCACACCAACCUUCGUCUCCUGAAGGGCCACCGUUAUGGUCUCUGCGGUCGUAACGGAGCUGGAAAGUCGACUCUGAUGAGGAGUAUUGCCGAGGGCAAGCUCGAGGGUUUCCCUCCUCAGGACGUUGUCAAGACCUGCUUUGUCGAGCACAACCAAGGCGAGGAUGCGGACCUCAGCAUUCUUGAGUAUGUUUCGAGCGAUCCUAGGUUCAAGGACGAGAGCAAGGAACGUAUCGAGGAGGUUCUCGAGGAGGUCGGUUUUACUGCUGGUCCUGAGGGUCGCCAGUCCGAGAAGGUCGGCUCGCUUUCCGGUGGUUGGAAGAUGAAAUUGGCCCUUGCCAGAGCCAUGCUGAUGCGCGCUGAUGUCUUCCUGCUGGACGAACCUACUAACCACUUGGAUGUCGCGAACAUUGCCUGGCUGCAGGACUAUCUCAAGAAGCACACCGAGAUCACCAGCUUGAUCGUCUCCCACGACUCCGGUUUCUUGGACGAAGUGUGCACCGAUAUUUACCACUACGAGCAGAAGAAGCUUGUGUGCUACAAGGGUAACCUGGCCGAGUUCGUCAAGCAGAAGCCUGAGGCAAAGAGCUACUACACGCUUUCCAGCACCCAGGUUCAGUUCAAGUUCCCGCCCCCUGGUAUUCUUACCGGAGUCAAGUCCAACACUCGCGCCAUUCUCCGCAUGACUGGCUGCUCGUACACUUAUCCUGGAUCAUCCAAGGCUUCUCUGAACGAGGUCACCUGCUCGCUGUCUCUCUCCUCCCGUGUCGCUAUCAUUGGCGCCAACGGUGCUGGAAAGUCGACGCUCAUCAAGGUCUUGACUGGUGAAGUCAUUCCGCAGACGGGCAAGGUCGAGAAGCACCCUAACCUGCGUAUUGGUUACAUCAAGCAGCACGCUCUUGAGCACGUCGAGAUGCACAUGGAGAAGACGCCCAACCAGUACCUGCAGUGGCGUUACGCCAAUGGUGACGACCGUGAGGUGCUUAUGAAGCAGACUCGCGUCCUGACCGAUGAGGACAAGGCCCAGAUGGAGAAGGAGGUUGAUAUUGGUGAUGGUAGAGGUCCUAAGAGGGUCGAGGCUCUCAUUGGUCGCCAGAAGUGGAAGAAGAGCUUCCAGUACGAAGUCAAGUGGGUUGGCUGGCUGCCGAAGUACAACACCAUGGUUUCCCGUGAGACUCUGCUUGAGCUCGGCUACCAGAAGUUGAUCCAGGAGUACGAUGACCACGAGUCUUCCCGUGAGGGUCUUGGUUACCGUCAGCUCGAGCCUAAGGUGAUCUCCAAGCACUUUGAGGAUCUCGGCCUGGACCCCGAAAUCGCCAACCACAACGAGAUUGGCGGUCUUUCUGGUGGUCAGAAGGUCAAGGUUGUCAUUGCUGGUGCCAUGUGGAACAACCCCCAUCUUCUCGUCCUUGACGAGCCGACUAACUUCUUGGACCGCGACUCUAUGGGUGGUCUCGCUGCCGCUAUCCGCGACUACAAGGGAGGUGUCGUCAUGAUUUCUCACAACGAGGAGUUCGUCGGUGCCCUCUGCCCCGAGCAAUGGCACGUCGCCGACGGCCGUGUGAUCCAGAAGGGCAGUCUCGCGGUCAACGCCGGUGCGUUCGAAGACAGCAAGCCUGGCUCGAUUGCCAGCUCGACGGUGCCGAGCACCGCUGCCAGCAGUGCAGUGAACUCAGAGGCCGAGGGUGGUGGCGACAUGAAGUUCAAGGCCAAGAAGAAGAAGAAGAUGACCAGGGCGCAGAUGAAGGAGAGAGAGGUGAGGAGGCGUCUCAGGCACAUUGAGUGGCUGAACAGCCCCAAGGGUACGCCUCACCCGCCCGACACGGAUGAUGAGGCUUAA